AUGUCAGCAACCAAACACCAUGCAAGCCAGGGGAGUGUAGCCACUACCAGCAAUAACGUGUAUCAGACGGCCAGCGACAUUAUUGUCAAAUUGGAUGAAAAAGCUGGGACCAUAAAGUCAUUGGUUUACAAAACUGCUGAGUCCGUCGACAAAAAAAGACUCUAUGGGUUGAUAUGUGAGACUCUGAAAUAUCGAGAAGCACUGACGCAUGUCAUUGAGCAAGCUGCAUUGCUCAAACAGGAACGGAAGAUGUCACGAGAGCUAGCUCUCGUACUCUCACACGAUCUACUCAUUGGAAAUGGUGUCAGUGGACGAUUCAAGGCUAUCAUGGCAAAGCACAAGUCAAGGAUGCAGUCAGAGUUCAUCAAACUCAAGGUCAGGAGGAAGGCUAAAUUGAACUCUGACUUGAUACCUGAACGGAUGAAAGUAGCUGACCUCAUACCUCGAUACGUUCGAGUAAACACAUUAAAGACUACGCUCAAGGCCGUCCUGGAUUCUCUUUCUAAGACUUAUGGCCUUGUGCUCGCGUCUGAAACACACUUGGCAACAAACAAGAAAAAAUUAAUGACGAUCGAUCCUCACAUUCCGAAUCUGCUGGUGCUGCCCCACGGGACUGAUUUACAUCUUGAUGAGAUGGUCAUACAGGGAAACAUGAUUCUUCAGGACAAGGCUUCAUGCUUCCCAGCAUUCCUACUCAAUCCCAAACCAGGAAGUAUCGUAAUAGACGCAUGUGCAGCACCAGGCAAUAAGACAUCCCAUCUCUCCAUGCUGAUGCAAAACAAGGGUACCAUACACGCUUUUGAUAUGGAUCCACGACGUCUUAAAUUAUUAAAAAACAGGAUGACGCAAGCUGGAUGCUCUAACGUGAUGACACAUCUAGGCAGCUUCUUGGAAGCAACACCUGCGUCACUAGGCCACGUAGAUUGUAUAUUACUAGAUCCAUCAUGCUCUGGUUCGGGAAUGCUAAACCCUUUAGAAUCCAGUGAAGAUGACGAGACUGAAGAAAUGACCGCAACAACAGCAGACAGAUUGCAAUCACUAUCGACCUUCCAAUUAUCUCUAUUGAACCAUGCGCUGUCGUUCGAAACUGUGAAGCGAGUAGCAUACUCAACGUGCAGCAUACAUCAGCAGGAGAAUGAGGAUGUUGUUAGGAAGGCUUUGCAGCAGAAUGGCAAGAAGUGGAGGUUGCAGGAAGAGGUAUUGUCAACGUGGAAGAGACGUGGGCUGCCUGUAUUUGAUGGUGCUGAGAAGGUUAUUAGAGUUUCUUCAGCAGAGGAUUUGGCGUGUGGGUUUUUUGUAGCUGUGUUUGAGAGGAUAUGA